GCCCAGCAGCGCCCGCCCGUCCGCUGCUUCCAUGCACAGCCUGUGCAGGGUCAACAUGCAGUUCCGGACCGUGUUGGACGUGAAAGUCGUGGACGUGGAGAAGCGGCGCACCCCGUCCAAACACUACGUGUAUCUCAUCAAUGUCACGUAUUCUGACAACACGUCCCACAUCAUCUACAGAAGAUACAGCAAGUUCUUUGACCUCCAGAUGCAGAUACUAGACAAGUUCCCAAUCGAGGGAGGGCAAAAAGACCCAAAGAAAAGGAUCAUCCCUUUUCUCCCAGGCAAAAUCCUGUUCCGGAGGAGUCAUGUGCGAGACGUGGCCAUGAAGCGGCUGCGUUUCAUCGAUGACUACUGCAGGGCUCUGGUGCGACUCCCCCCUCUGAUCUCUCAGAGCGAAGAGGUCCUGCGCUUCUUCGAGACCAAGCCCGACGACAUCAACCCCCCCGUGGAGGACUAUGGGUCCAAGCGCAAGUCUGUGUGGAUGUACGGCUUCACAGACAGCCCCAGAAAAGAGGCCUCAGGGAUUGACAGCUCGGAGCCCAUGGUGCUGGAGCAGUAUGUGGCUGUGGCCAAUUACGAAAGGCAAGAGAACUCCGAGAUCAACCUAAAAGCUGGCGAGACAGUGGAUGUAAUCGAGAAGAGCGAAAGUGGAUGGUGGUUUGUGAGCACAGCAGAGGAGCAGGGUUGGGUCCCAGCCACAUAUCUGGAGUCCCAGAGUGGAACUAGAGAUGAUUCGGAUCUGGCUACGUCCAGGACCGGAGAGGUUACUAAGAGACGCAAGGCCCAUCUGAAAAGGCUGGACCGUCGCUGGACCCUCGGUGGUAUGGUUAACCGCCAGCAGAGCAGAGAGGAGAAGUAUAUGACUGUACAGCCUUACAGCAGUCAAGGAAAAGAUGAGGUUAGCUUUGAGAAAGGGGUCAUCGUGGAGGUCAUCCAGAAGAACCUGGAGGGCUGGUGGUACAUCAGGCACCUAGGAAAAGAAGGCUGGGCCCCGGCUUCAUACCUGAAGAAAGUUAAAGAAGACUUCUCCCGAAAGAAAACUCUGACGGGCCCUGUCGAGAUCAUUGGAAACAUCAUGGAGAUAAGCAACCUGCUGCAGAAGAAGUCCGUCAGUGAGAAGGACAUCCAGACAGACAGCGAUGGGGGGGCCACACCAGAGCGCCACAUUUGCAAGAGCGAGAUCAGCCUACCCAUGCCCUUCAGUGCCGAAAUCAACGCCGAGACAGGCCGGAGGCUAAGUGCAGGCCGCGACACCAACAGUCCCUGUCCUGGAAUUAUAGCAGCAGCGAGUGCCGCCCUGAACGAAAGUAAAAGCAGAGGUGAGCCCGGCUCCCCGGCUGUUGCUAGAGUGGCACCGCACCGCGUGGAAAUUGGGUCUCCAAAUUUAAGGCAAAAACCUCCUCCAAGAAGAGAUGUCAACUUGGGUUUUCAGCUACCCAAGCCGCCAGAGCCCCCUGCUGUUGAAGCGGAGUAUUACACCAUAGCAGAUUUCCAGUCGUCCAUCUCUGAUGGCAUCAGUUUCCGCGGAGGACAAAAGGCUGAUGUUAUAGAGAAGAAUCCUGGUGGUUGGUGGUAUGUACAGAUUGGAGAGAUGGAGGGCUGGGCACCUUGUUCAUACAUCGACAAACGCAAGAAGCCCAAUCUCAGCCGUCGGACCAGCACACUUACCCGACCCAAAGUCCCACCCCCGGAUCCACCUGUUAAAAAACAGGAGCCAGACGAAACUCCUCUUCCUCUCAAUACAGCAGCCAAAGCCACAGAACCAGCCAGCAAGCCUGUGUAUGAGGAACCCGAAUAUGAUGUUCCUGCAGUUGGAUGUGAAGGCGAGUUGGACACAGACUUCCAAAAGAAGGAGCGUUCCCAAGAAACAAAAGCCAGCAGUGUUGUUUCAGAUAAAUACCACCGCUCCCCCCCAUCAAGCAAAGCCUCGCCCCCGGUCUGCAAAGCUUCCCCCGUUUUCUCACACAGGAGAACUUCCUUUAGGUCAGUGGAAGAUGUCGCUAAGGGAGAGUGCAUUUAUGAGAAUGAUGGCUUUAAGCAAAGCAGCAGCAGAACUAAAGCUAAAGGUUCCAGUGAGCCCAACUCCCCAAGGAGCUAUCAUUCUUCCACAGUUCCACGAAAACCUUCAGGGUCUUCUCCUUUAGCUGGUAGACCCAUAAAAACCAUAACACCAGAGAUGAACCGGAAAAGUCAGACCCUGGGCAGACAUGUCAAUAUCAGCCUCAGAUCCUGCGACAGCAGUCCUCAUUCCUCAUCAGAUGAACUGGUUAGAGAUCCCAAGAAAAGUCCGGUCUUCAGCCGAGAUGUGGAGCAGAGAAUUGGUCAAAGCCCCUCUACCAGGCCCAAGCCAUCUGUCAGACCAAAACCCCUCCUGACCAAAUCAGAGCCCCAAAGCCCUGAAAGGAUGGAUAUUGCCUCUUUGAGGCGGCAGUUGAGGCCUUCCAGUCAGUAUCGUCGGAGCCUUAAACCUUCUCGCGGGGACGACUCUGAAACUGCUUCUGUGAUUUCUUCAACGGACUCCAUGACAUCUCGAAGUACCUCUGAUUUGUCCUCAGUUUAUUCCAAAGGGAGCCGUGGGGACUCAGAUGUGGAAGGUCCCAGCCUCUACCGUUCCCUAGAUGUCUAUAAAAAGGUCCAAGACUCUGAAAUUAGCUUUCCUGCUGGGGUGGAAGUUGAAGUUUUGGAGAAACAGGAAAGUGGUUGGUGGUACAUCCGCUGGGGCUUGGAGGAGGGCUGGGCUCCUUCAUACUACCUGGAACCUGUGAGAUCUGUGGGUGACCCCACUGUGUUAGACUCAGCUGAACAAGGGAAGAGUGGUGGCAAGUCCAACAGCUUGGAGAAGAAUGAGCAGCAUGUCCAGGCCUUGAACAAUAUCAACAUUCAAAGUUUGACCCAGCAAAAUCAAUGUUUGAGGAGAAACUCUCCACCAAUUCCCUCUAAACCUCCUGGAGGUUUCUCCAAACCAUCUGCCAUCAUUAAUGGAGGUGUACGGAUGAGGAAUGGGGUUCGCCAGGUGGCAGUUAGACCUCAGUCUGUAUUUGUGACUACCACACAGCCUGCAAAAGACACACAUUACAUGACAGGGUCUUUGAGGAGAAACGAAUCCCUUGGCAGGAGUGAUUACUAUGGCUCUGGUUCUGCCACACUUGGCGUCCGCCGAAAUGCCUCCUUCAGCACCGUGCGGCCUCAUGUGGUCGUUGAAAGUCAGACAAGACCCUCAGAACGUUCAACUCUGGGGUCCUCGGGAAGCGCCUUCAGUACAAACAAUGUCCAAGAUGCCCUAAGCAGAGUCAACCAACGCAACGGCAUCCCUGUGUCCACAGUUAGGCCCAAACCCAUUGAGAGGAGCCAGCUGAUCCAUAAUAACCUUGGCAAGGAUGUGUAUGUCUCCAUUGCUGACUACCGCGGUGAUGAGGAGACAAUGGGCUUCACUGAGGGUACCUGUCUGGAGGUUCUUGAGAGAAAUCCUAAUGGGUGGUGGUACUGCCAGGUGCAGGACAGCCUGCAUCCACGCAAGGGCUGGGUUCCCUCUAACUAUCUAGAGCGCAAGAAAUAGAACCAACCCCACAGAACCUUUUCCCAUCUUUUACCAAACCCCCCACCCAUGAUGCCUGUUUGACAUCGUUCCCUAAGAAUGUCGAACCCUUCUUAAGCAAUAUGUUCUUGAACAUGUACAUUCAUGAUAGACUAAGUUCUAAACUGAUAAAAAAAGACACUUUUGGUGAUGGUUUACUAAAUUGAAUACAAAAAUAACUGUAAAAAAUUGAAAUAUGUUGCCUGGGAAACAGAGAUAAGGUGGCAGCGAAAACCUCUCAAAGAGGUUUGUAACUCAGAAGUCGAGCUGGGUAAUGGCUUCUUCUGCCGACAGCAACUAUGACGGCUGAUAAGUGCCUUUUGGAUUUGAUCAACUGAACAGAGGUUUGAAUAGAGGAUGGCAAAACUGAGUCAACCAAAUCUUUUAAGAGUGCCAUAGUCCUUUGAACACCACCACACAUUUUACAAGAACCAAUCAGCAGGUCCACUUUGGAUUUCUGACUGUUCUGAAGUCUGAAGUGACACUUUAGGUUCAGUGGCAGAUUCUUUGUUUAAAGAUACAAAUUUUCCAUGUUCUUGUUUCAGUGAGUUGAGUUUUCCUUAGAGAAUCAUUUCUGCUUUCUUGUAACAUCAGUUUUCUAACAGCACUAAAUUAAAAGUUCAUUUAUUUCCUAAAAUCUGUACAAACAUGCAAAACUCAAAAGACAAAAGUUUUAAUUUCUCACAAAAUCAGGCAUGCACCUUAAAACUAAAAGCCUUUCAUGACCUCAAAACUUUAAUGAAAUUUGCAAAGAAAUAUAGUUGUUUGAUCUUCUCAUUAUGUUUCUUUUUAGUGGAAAGCCUCUGCUGAGAGGAAAUAUUGGAAUACUGGUUUGGAAAUGUCGGAUAAAGAAGUCCUAAAACGAACAGUAUCUGUACUACAUUCUCCAUCAAAUUUGAUUAAACCAAAGAGAGUGACAAUAGAAGUAAUGAAAACAAGGACUGUUGGUAAUAAAACAAAUAUAAUAGUUUUGGUCCAAACUUAUUUUCCUCAAUGAUUCAUUUUUUUUAAUUAAGGUAAAAAUGAAAGUUUCUCUGCCUGAAAUGACUGAUGUUCAUAUACGCUGAAAUCUAUUUCCUGAGGAACUCUCAUAAGGAUUCUGCUGGACAGCGUUGAUCAAAGAACCUGCAAGAGGAAAGCUCUUCAGCUGUGACAAACCAUUUUCGUCUUUUGUUUGCUUCUGUGUUGCUCUGUGAUCGCACAACGGCAAUAAUGAAGAAAGAAGUGGUUUAAAUUUGUGAUUUAGUGCACUUUAAAACCCAAUUUUUGGUGCAUUGAUGCAAAUAUGCAGAAACAAAUUAGCCUUUUAUUUAUUAAAAAGAGUUGUUUAUAAUUAUUGAUCUCUUUUGCAAGUCUAAAUAAUAGUUAAUAUAGUAACAUUUGAAAGUCUGAUAAAGGUUUUCCUUAAAGUCUUUCUUGGAAAACUUGGUAUCCUCUUGUGGACAAUGACGGGUACUACAGUAGGUUCAUUAAUUAACUAAGAGCAGUCAGACUAGUACUUCUGAUCAGUGACUCUUCUGGAAAAAAAAUCCUAAGUCUUGGUGCAGCUUGUAGAAAUUUGGUAGCUAAUUUAUUUCUUUCAUCUUGAUAUUUUUUUUUAUAUGUUCCUUCCUCCAAUUUUACCAAAUCACUUCCUUCGUCUUUAUUGUUCUUUACAUAAUGCCGGAUUUAAGCAUAUUUAUUAUGAAAAGUUUCCUUUUUAAAACUUUUAACAUGAAAAUCAUUUUAAAAAUACUCACUUUUUGAAAAUGGUACAACCUAAGCUUGCCGACAUGACGAAGGCAUUAUGUAAAUGUGCUGAGUCACUCUUGUAUGCUACACAACCGAUAAAGAUAGUUAUUUGUCAAAUGUUCGCUCAAUUGUGUUACUUCUAUGUAAGCUUUGGUUUACUUUGACAUGUUCUUUGUUUUUGCUUGUUGUUUGUUUUGAUCAAAUAUUGAAAUGUAACCUUGAGGACAUGUGCAAUAGACAAAAGGAAAGAAGGCAGAUUCACUGAUAGGAAAGGUGGAACUGUUGUCGCCCGCUUUUGGUGUACAGCAGCAGUAAGUCAUGAAAAACCUCACGUUACAUCCAUCUGGGUUCAUCUCACAGAGGGAGAAGGGGGCUUGGGAGCAUCGUUUUGAGUUGUCACGUUCGUGCCUGAAUAGAAAAAUGGAAAAGCUUCUGGUUUUUGUCUGUGGUGACAUUUUGCUCGUUGUUGCCCGUCACUCGUUGGCAUUUUGAGACGCCACGACAUCAAAAAGAGAGUCCAAAAGGCAACCUGUGAAACGAGUCCUUCAGGCUGUUUUGUUUCAAUCCAUCAUGUUCAGGAGAUUAUGUGCAGCAGCGAAGUCGUAUACAGACCAGGGCUGCUUUAAGUUCAGCUAGAAAAAGUUUGACGCCGUUAUUGUGAUGCAUUUAAAAGGUCUGGAAUGUUGCUUUUGGCAUCUUAUCUCAGUUUCGCUUUCAGAAUUUUAUCCUCAGGAUUAUUAUUUCUGUUGGAUGUUCUUCCAUGUUUAUUUGCAUGAAAUCACAAGGAAAAUUCUCUAUAGUCUUAAAGAUAAGAGAAGAUGCCAGGAUUGGUGCAAACUUACAUUUGGCCUAUAACUCAAAGCUCAGGCUCUGAAAAGUCCUGCCAUAAUCCUAUGCUUUUCAGUGUUGCUAAUAACCUGAUCAAAAUUCACUCCUGUUCAAGCCAAAUGUGGGCCUGACAAACACCAAUAACUGGAUGUUACAUGAUUUACAAAUCAACUGAGCCCAAAGGCCAAGCAUAGUUACAGAUAUAGGUGUGUUUGAUGAAAGUUGGGUUUACUUACAGCAGAUUUGCUAUGAGCCUCUUAAGCAUGAAAGCAGCCAACCUCAUUGAGUUCCCCUCUCUCCAUAAAGAAGCCACACUUUUAAAGGCAUCCAUGAUCAGUUUUUGACUGGUCAAAAACGUUAAAAUGUCAUAUGGUCUUUUGAGAGGGUCCCUGUCAGAAGGUGAUAGACCUAACAAUGGUCUCCAGCUGAAUACAACCGCUUUGCCUCAUUUCACUGAUCAAGUUGUUGCAGCGUUUUAAAACGUUUGAUAUAAAACUUUCUGCUAAAGCCGAGUUACAGGAAGAUGAAAGAUAGAAAAAAAAAGGGACAUACGGGUGUCAUAAAAGUAAGAGGGUGGUGGCAUGGAGGCAACACUAAGGUUAAAGCUUUGUUCUUAUUGGAGGAUGUCUAAAUGUCUUCUAAAAGACUUAUUUUCAGUUAAGAGUUUACAAAGUUGGAAGAAUAAAACAACUAUAAUUGAAGAUGCUGUUGGUGCCGUGUCCUUAAUGAUAUGGAAAACAAAAAAGGCUUAAGAGAAGAUCUUCAACCACUCAAAACAACAAGAAACUGCACCAAACUGCAACUGGACAUACCUGUUUGAUCAAAAACUGGUUAGAAAAACAGAGUCCUAGUCGAAUCACAUUUAUAAAAGCAAAUGUUCUGCUGUUUGUAAGUCAAGUUUACUUUAAAUCUUCCCCUGAUGAUUCCAGCUGAUGAAUAAGAGCAGGUCAGCAUAAAGUGCCACAGCAUGUGGGCAUCAUAGAUAAGUGAAUCUGCCGUUCUAUGGGUUGAAACUAAAUCUUUUUCUUCUUCAGAUCCUCUGAAUGUUGAAGGUGAUCUUCAUUUAGAAAAAAAUGUCUUCUUUUUUUCUGCCUUACUUGCUGUGUUUUUGUCAAAAAGACAGAUGAAUGUUGCAGAGCUGGAAAGGAAAGUUUGAUGGUUUUACAGGUUUGGUCAACUGAGUUUUGUGGUGAGAAAUAUGUGAAGAGAAAACGAUAGUAGAUGCUGGCUUCUAUUAGAUAAUGAAUGUUAGAGUUGGGUUGACGUGAAGCGGAGGGUAAAGCAAAGAACACAGAAGGUUUGAGCUCCACCAUCAAGCGUUGCAUUUAUGGACUUCUUUGAUUAUCUUCAUGGAGCACAUUUUGCCAAAAGACAACACAAGGAGGCAGAAGACCUCCAGACCUCUGAAUUCUGACAGGAAACGAGUUUGUUACCAGCAGAUCAACCACAGCAGCAAACAGGAACACCCACAGACCUUCAGUUGGACCAAAUGAGGUGCUAAUCCUUCAUCCUUCUGUGCCGUGAGGAGGCUUCUUCAUCCUCAGUGAUGACUCAUAUGCAACGUCACCAACGCACCAUGGAACCUCGCUCAGAGUCUGGACUCCUCGUUCUGCACGCGUGCAUUCCCUCUGAGAACAGGACGGUUUGAUGCCAUUUCAUCCGACCAGUCCUGCUCCCUCUUUUGUAUCUUGUACGUGUUUACAUUGUAUCUUGCAGUGCCCAGAGGACAGGCGGUAUUAAAUGUUAUCUCUGCUGUUUCAUCCUGA